UCGGGUUCCCCUUUUCAAAGCUGGUCAUCGUUCUUCUUGGACGUGGACUCUUGGAGGUGCUGUUCUUUUUGCUCGUCCGUUUCGUCUCUUGGUUCUCCGUUGAAUGGCCGGCGGUAGGGAGCAACGUAUGAUGGCACGACGACGGGGGAAACAGGCGCAGGCCGCAGACGCAGGCAGUAGUUGAGAUAUCUAAUAGCAAGGAAGAAAGAUGUUAGUGGUUUGGUGAUCGCCUGCAUGAAGACUAUGAUAUAACUCCACACACGUCUUGGGAAACGAUUGACAUGUUUCUUUUUUCGGUGCGUGAACGUGGUCACUAUCACGUCAUAAGUGUGGUCUUGAAAAAGAUGAAGAUGGGUAUCAUAGACAAUUGUCCUGCCCACACUCCUAACAAGGCCAAAUAUGGUCGCGCUCCCGCAGACUUGCAAGCCUUCCUUGCCUCUUUUUUUGUGGCUAUUAAGCUUCCUGAUCGGGCAGAUUGCGUGCGACACCUUAAACCCAAGCGCAUGCACAUGUCUUGGAGGGACGCAACCAUCUUAGAGGACAGUGUCAUUUAUAUUAUGCGCCACAUGGAAUCGUAUUUGGGUCAGGGUGUUUCAAACUGGGAGUGUGGUUUAGUAAAAGGUGAUAGGGACAUUCUUAAUGAUUUGCGUAAGAGGUUCAUGCACGAUAUCUUGGUGUCUAACAUUAACAUGCACAAGCAUUCUGUAAUUCAACGUGCGUUGGAAUAUGAUUGCAAAAUCUCUGCUCGCGCAAGUUAACAUACAUUAAGUGGUUGCCUUUUGUUUUGUUUUGUUUUGUUUUUGUUUUUUUUUUUUUGUUUUUUUUUUUUUGGGUAGUUCUAUGGAAUUUUAGGUAGUUCAUGGUUUUUGGUUUGUAUAGUGCAACGCUCUUUUUUGGGCUAACGUAGUACUAGUACCGUGUUUUUUUGUAUGUUAUGGCAGCACUUACUCUAGUACAAUUACUAAUA